AUGCAAGUAACAAAGGAUCUCGAAUCAAUAUUUAAAGACGCAAAACUGUCUGAUUUCACCAUUGUCGUAGGAGAUAAAGAAAUCCCUGUUCACAAGGUAGUCCUAUCAGCACGAUCUCCGGUAUUCGCGGCCAUGUUAGAGCCGCAUACGGAAGAAGCAAAAACAAAUCGGGUUGUCCUGGAAGAUAUAGAUUACGAGGUAAUGCAUGAGUUAUUAAUGUAUAUGUACUCUGGCCGGUCACCCAACAUUCAACAAAUGGGUUUGGAGUUGCUUGCGGCUGCGGACAGAUUCCAACUUCCUGGAUUGAAGGAUAUGGCUGAUCAUGUUUUGAGGAGUGGUUUGAUCGUUGAUACAGCAUGUAAAUUUCUCGUCUACGCUGAUAUGUACAACUCGGCUGAAUUGAAAAAUGAGGCGGUGAAAUUCAUUGCGCAGAAUAUCAACAGUGUCAUUCAGACAGAUACUUGGGCAGAAUUAACACGGGAUCAUGGUUGCCUCGUGACGGAAAUCGUUGCUCAUAUGUCCAGUGAACGAAAGCCGUGCAUAGGAAGUGUGAGCAGCGCUGCUAGCAGUCUCCAUGGAGUGUCAUUAAGCUCUUCCAUGUCAGGCAUCGAACCGCCAACCAAGCGUAUACGUCUUCUAACACAUGAGUAA